AUGAGGAGCGAAUCGUCCAUCAAGACCUUCAUCAGGAUCCGCCCGCCCGCCACCAAUGCCAUCUUCAAGGAGGAAGAGGGAGUCCUCAACUGCUGCGAUAAGCUCUAUAGGUUCAACCACGUCUUCUCGCCCGAUGCCACAGAUGAGGAAAUCUUUGAACACAUCGGCUUUGAACUUGUAGAAAACACCCUCAACGGCCUCAACAGCACGCUGUUCGCGUACGGACAGACGGGGACGGGCAAGACCUACACGAUGACUGGGAAUGGCUCGAAGGAGGGCCUAGUGCAGCGCAGCGUGGCCCUCCUCAUCCGCAAGCUCAAAAACAGUCCCCGGUUCGACUACUUCUCACUCAAGAUCAACUACCUGGAGAUCUACAACGAAGCCAUCCGCGACCUGCUGGCCGAAAAGGAGAGCAAGAUCACCAUCAGGGAGCUAGCCAAGUCGGGAUUCUAUGUGGAGGGACUCGAAUCGGCCGAAAUCAGCGACGAGGAAGGCUUCGCCAAGGAGCUAAAGCGAGGACUGCUGAAGAGAUCAACCAAAUCCACCAAAAUGAAUGAGGUUUCCUCUCGUUCCCACACUAUCCUCACUAAGCAGACUGAGGUGUCCGGGAGCGCGCUCAAGGAGGCCAGCAGCAUCAACAAGUCCCUGACUACUCUGAGUCUGGUGAUCAGCAAGCUCGCCGACAAGCAGAGCAAAGCUGCCCACAUCCCUUACCGCUAGUCCGUCCUCACGAAGCUGCUCAAGGACAGCAUCGGCGGCAACUCAGUCACCACCUUCAUCGGCAUGAUCUCCUCGCAGAAGGCAUGGGUUUCCUAA